AUGGGCAGCCGCACGGGUUUGAUCGGGUGGUUUGGCAUUGUGGUAGCUAUAAUAUUACUCAGGGGUGCAACUGCUGCAACAGUUUACGAGGUUGGCGACAGCCUCGGCUGGACUGUUCCCCCAAACACCUCCUACUACUCCGCCUGGGCUUCCACCAAGACUUUCUUUCUCGGCGACAAACUUUCAUUCAACUGGACAACGGGGACGCACACUGUGGCGGAAGUCUCGAAGGAUGAAUACGACAACUGCACCAAGGUAUCAUCUUAUAUAGGCAGCCCUGUCAUAUUCACUCCUCCAUCAACCGGUUCUACUUUCAUCUGCACCGUUGAUGACCGCACACGAGGUCAAAGUUGGUUUUCACCGUCGUUUCAACACCAACCGUUGAUCACCGCCUGA